AUGCCGACGCGUAACUCUGUGCGCUUCACCUUCGGACCUAAUUCCAUGACAAACUUCAGAGCUGAGGUGCAAGUUGGGAAUCACAACUUCUGCAUUCAAAUAAAGCCCCCAACAGUGGUACGCCAUGGUUCUGGCAUCCUGUGCUACCAGUGCGAUAGCAAUGAGGACGAAACAUGUCCAGCGAGUCGUCGUUUUGAACCUCGAUUAAACGCACUAGUGGACUGCGGCAGCUUUCAGGCGCGUGUUCCGGGCACCUUCUGCAUUAAGAUCUAUCAGGAGAGCACUGGUUGGUUCAGUUGGAUUAAAAUUACUCGACGCUGUGCAGCAAGAACUGACUAUGGGAAAUUUUUCGGAGUUACAGGAGUAGCAAAAGGCUGUCGCUACUGGUUCGAUGAUCAAGGUGUUUAUCACGAGGUAAGAAAUGGUUCUGAAGUUGUUUCUUUCGCCUCUAUAUUGGCGAACGAAUUUUCCAAAUUGGCUCGUGAUGAACUUGGCACAAUGACAAUGCAAGCUGCUUUUGAUCGGCUGGAGUACGAGCCAAAGCCCGAAAACUCUGCCAAGUGGGAUCUUGAUUCGCUUGUUGAUCAACUUUCCCUCCGUCUUCGUCACUAUGGCCACCUAGUCUCCAAUCCGCAAGCCCUGGUGAUCCAGCUUCACAGAGAACACAAAAUAUCUCAGAUCUCUCCCCGAUUCGACUGUUGUAAUCUUUCUGAACGUGACUUACGCUACGAGGCGUUGUAUGGUGCGCGUGUGUCUCGUCGAAAGUGCUGUGACCUCAUUCCUUUUAACCUGCCUGUGGAAGCAUUUAAUCCGGGUCACAACUUGACUCAGCGCUUUCGUCGUCAGCUGGAAUACUGGCCCAACGUGAAGUGGCUCUACUUCAUCACUGAUGCCGGCCUUCACACCGAAUUUCCCGCUCACAACUUUCGUGCUGCCACCGUCACUUCAGCUCUCUUUGAGUCACUGGCCGUUGCUGCGGCUGCUGCUGCUGCAGCCGCGGCACCGCCACCUCCACCGCCGUUACCAAUUCUGCAAUCACCGUCGUCGACUUUGGGGAAUUGGGGGUGGUCGGCGGUGGAAGUGAAGCAGAGGGCUAGGAGACAUCUGCUACCAUCACUGCUUACUGCUCUCUAUGACUGCAGAUCGGUGCACCAGCUGCGGCAUCGGGACGUCUUUGUGCGGUCAGUGGUGUCACAACCGAUAUGGCUGGUGUUGGUGCUUGAUCAAAGCGAGGUGAGCAAAACGCAGAUGCUGCUGGGUCAACGUGUUGCUCGUCUGCUUCUUGCAUCGCUCAGCGAAAAGGACCGGGUGGCCCUCGUCCUUGCUUCCGACACUGCUCGCGUUGCCACAGUCGGAGCGACUCCUUCCGACGCAACUGCUAUUCACUUGCGCCCUGCUACUCACGAAACUAAGCUGUUUCUCGCCGAACACAUCUACGGUCUUCGAGGCUCCGGUAUUGCCAAGACAAAUCACACCCGGGCUCUAUUGGAGGCUUUCAGAAUCCUUCAUGAUGCUGUUAAGAUUCAGAAGCAUGACCCUCCAGAAAUAGCUGGACUUGGCUCACCUACCAACAAUCUGAUGAUUGCUUACAUCAGUCGUGGCAGUCUGGAUGAUCUGCAGGAACAGAACGCCACAUUACAACAGGUGACGGAACAACAGGCGCGUCUGGACAAUCGCGUCGUCAUCAACACUUACAUGCCUGUAGAGGAGAAAAGUGCCACUGUACUCUUUGAGAAGACUUUUAUGAGCGAUCUUGCCAAGCGGUGGAAUACACAUUCGAAUCCGGAGCAAUAUCAAUCUUCAAAUCUGCGUCCGGGACAUUUCUACACAAUCAACCGCACUGCUGACCUGGCGGAGACAGUUGGUCGUUUCUACGAGGUAUGGUUGAGUCAAAAUGAACAGGUAGCAUCGAAGAGGGACACACAAAACAACAACAACAACACCGUUUCCACUGGUGUUCCAUCGUCGAAACUCUACUUUUCCCUCCCCUAUGAGGACAUGGAAGGCAGAGGACUUGUUAUGAGCAUUAGCCAGGCCUUCUAUGAUGGUGACACAUUUAUUGGUGUAAUGGGAGUGGACCUUCAUGUAGCAGAUCUCUUGGACCAGAUUGUUCACUACGGCGGUAGUCCUGCCUCCAGCUUUGUUUUCCUUCUCGAUGCCACCUCCGGUCUAAGUGUUUACCAUCCCGGAGGUCUUCGAGACCUUCUCACCACACCCUCCGUCCCUGCCUCCGUCUCUUCUGCUGCACGAUCACGACGAUCCUCCACAGCCGUCUCUACGGAGGAAGCCUUUCAGCGUUCUUCGGCUUUUCAGGAACCUCUCAUUCAUAUUGACGUGCGAUACUUGGAGCGAACGCCUGGAUUUGAUAGUCUCAUCCUGCCCCGCAUUCUACGUGGGGAGAUCAAUGGAACUGUUAACUUUUCCGUAGAGAUUGAUUCAGAGACCUUAGCAAAAAUCAAGACCACAGGAGUUUGGUCUGAGCGGGUCGGGAGUUUACUUCCCUCUACAGGUCAAAUACCUCCCCAUUACGGUGACCGCAUGAACCACGUCAAGAUCACAUAUCGGUGGCGUCGUAUUACUGACCCCGACACACAAUUUGUUCUUGUGAUGCGAUCUAUGCAUCAAUUGGAUGCUCCACCACCUCGUCAGUUGGUUGAAAUCACUCCACCUUUUGAUUCUUGGUACCAUCGACUGGAUUUAUUCAAACGUGAUCAAGCUUGUCUCUACCUUCGCCAACUUGCUACCUUCAGCUCAACUACCGUGUAUCUACCGCCACGUACCUUCAUGCGUCCCUUCGAACAUCUCGCUGCGUACUCAAUGUCGUCGACUGUUGGAGCAGGAACUGAGGAAGGAAGGGGCGAGAGUGCAGAGGAGGUGCGACACCUUGUCGCCUACCUCACCGAUCAGACCGCUCUUAUCUCUAACCCCGGCCUCCGUGUCUCCCCCUCCACUGGCACCUCCGCCACCUCAUCUGCACCCGAUGCCCGCACCGCUGUUGCUGUUGUGGAACGAAUCGGAAAAUUUUGGCGUCAACGUGGUGCUGCUGCCAGUGCUGUUGGCAAACACAUAAUUCGACGGUACAUAGACGAUCUCUUUGUUCUCCCCUCCUCAAUGGCCAGUUACGUUUCGACGGACACGGGUGUGAUGUUGAUGUACCCAGGCACUUUAAUGCCUCAGAGCUUCGAUGCAACCACACGGCCUUGGUACCUGCGAGCCGUGGAGAACGCCGGACGUAUCGUUUUUACCGAGCCCUAUUUGGAUCAUGGAGGCGCUGGACACAUUGUCACCAUUGCCUUCGCUAUCUUUGAGGGCAAUCGAAGUGGCAUUCACAGUCCCAACACCGAUCGUGUACAAUCAGUGAUGGCAAUGGAUGUUCCGUAUCGUCUCUUCAACCAUCUCCUGUCCAUAUGGCUUCCCAGCCUCUGCAAUUUCGAUCCACCGUACUUUCAUAACAAAUCAAUCUUGAAGGAGAAGACAAAAGUCAAAAACACUAAGACGAAACGGAAGGACGCCGCCUCUAAGACCGCUGGUGUGCAAAUCUCUCCAAUCAGUAGUCCCCGGAAGGAGGUCUCCUGGGCGCUUUUAGACUUCUUCCGCAACUCUGGAGUGCCGAUAAACCCCUCAGUGGUGGACACAGAAGGAGACGAAAUGGAAGUAAAGGAAGAGAGUGAAGUGGAGAUAGAGGAGGUAAAUGAAUUGGAGGUUGUAAAGGAAAAGACUUCUACAAAGUGUCUCCUCAUGAAUGAUCGAGGCUACCUCAUUGCACAUCCUGGUUACGCAGAGCCUCUGCAGGUCAAUCGAGCACUUGAAAGCAGUCAUAUCAGCCAUCGAGAACCCUUAGUUGCUGCGGAUCUACUGAAUCAUGGAGGAUUUGUACGGAAGAUGGCCUGUGUUUUGCACUCACAGCGUGCUCUCGAGCGCUACUAUACGUACAACACUUCGUAUGAGGGGAUCGUUACUAACUCUGCUCCUGGAGAACACUGCACUCGCUAUGAGUUUGCCCUCGUUCCUGGUACCAAUCUAUUCUUGGGGUUGGUGCACGAGAAAUCACAAUCGCACCAGCGGAUCCGACGCAGUGGUGAAGCCACUACGACGACCACCACCACUGGUGGUGGCGUCUCGUGUAGUCCACGCGCUGCCUUCUGUGCCUGCUCUACCAAGGAUCGCCGUUGUCUCAAUUGCGGUCGCCUGGAGCCUCUCGAAUGUGAGUGUCCCUGCCAAUGUCCCCUCGGUACUGUUGCUGGUCCUCCAUUUACCAACCCUUCCUCCGCCUCCUCCUCCUCCUCUGCUGCCGCCUCCUCUCUUGAAAACCAUCCUGCAUGUUUUGCGCUCUCGCUUGAGGUACCUCUUCUACCGACAACCAAAGCGGCUGCGGCUGCAUCGUGGAAGGCGUUGGCAAGACUUCCUGAUGCACCUCCUCUCUGUCAACCCUCAAACUCCCUCUCUGUACGCGUUCCUGUUGCCUCACUUAACGAAUGGCUCAACAUUCUUCUCCCUACCCCCACUUCUUCCGCCACCUCCGGUGAAGCCUCCUCAUCGAAAACUGAAUCUGCUAUUGUAACAAAUGGCGGUCCCCUGGUGCCCGCCCUUGGUCCCACUAACUGCGCUGCCCUCGGUAACCACUCCACCGAGUGCACCGCCAGCAUUGGCUGUGAGUUUUGCCUUCUCGGUGCAGAUUCGGAACCCUUGUCGAGUGGAGGCUUCUGCGCUCCCAUGGGUGUUUGUUUUGGUGGUGUCAUUGGUGGUGCUUCACCCUAUAGUUCUCUCACCUCCUCCUCAUCCAAUGCUGCUUUCGCUACUAGCAGUGGUGCUCCUCCUCUUGGUUUCCUGGAGGAUAAGUGGGCUUUUGUACCACCACUUCCGCCGCCUCCACUGCUACCCCCACCACCACAGCUACCUCCACUAGGAGCACCGAUUGCACCGCCGAACGGUUACUACCAUUACCGAAAUCUCCUCCUUCCGAAAAGUGAUUCCCAAGCAACAGCAGCGGCCCACUUCUACCACUACUACUAUUACUACCACUACUAUCACCAACAGCAGCAGCAGCAGCAACAGCAACAACAACACUUAUUGCAGCACGGAGGAGGUGAAGACUUCUACGCUUCUCCAUAUGUAUUAGCACGACACUACAUGAGCGGGAGUGAAAGAAGUGAAACUGAGUUGGGAGUGGGCGCCGGACUUUUGGCAUGGACAAACUCUCCAGUGGGACCGGUGGCUGGAGCUGUCUUAGCUGUAUUUAUUGUCCUUCUUCUCGGUGUUUACUGUCUUCGUCAUCAAGCUGCAAACCGAGCACGUCAAAAUGCCUCAGCUGCAGCUGCGGGGAACGCUGGCGAGUGUGUCUCCACUGGUCUACUCGUAGGCGAUGGCGUAGGAGGGGGAACGGAUGGUGAUGCCUCGAAUCAAUCUGCAUGUAGUCGAAAUCAUUCUAAUGAAAAGGUGUGCUGUUGUGAGAGGCCGCCUGAAAGUGGCACCGAUAAGGACAAACCGCCCCCCACAGCAGGUGCAGUGGCUCUCUUAGUUAAAGCUGCCAGUGCUUCCUCAGCUGCCAGUGGAGCUGAUGAUCAUAGCAGUUCCGCGUGUGGAGGUAGCAGCGUUGGUACCGACACUGAGUCAGAGCGUGGUCCACCACGUUGCUUUGCCCCUCCACCAUCCCCGUUUGCUCCCUCUGCUGCAGCAAUUAUAAUUGAAGGCGUAGGCGUGUUUGUAAAGAGCAAUGCCUUUUCAACUGAAGAGCUGGAACAAGUUCCAGAGGAACCGAAAACUCUGCCCUUGGCUGAGUUUGUUACUGAUCCGACUGCUGUCAGCCCCUACCGUGUCACAAAUGACACUUCCACCGGUGAUGCCGUUACUGUUGGUGCAGCAGCUGAGGCUUCAACUCCUGACGAUCAAAUCACCACUGUUUCAUCGUCUGCUGCCACAACAACUGAUCAUGGUUAUGUUAGCAAUGACAGACCAAGUUCUAGCUGCGCUGAGUCCUCAUCGUUGGCUGAUUCUGUUGUGCCUGGACCAGCAGCGGCAUUGGCAGGGGGAGGGAUGGCAGGAUCUGAGGUGCUUGAUGAUUGCGAAGGCGGGAAAGAGACUCCCUCUGGCCUAGGCGAGCCUGAACUUGCAUCUGUACCGGGCUGCGAUUCUGGCGCAGCUACUGGUGGAGCCUGGAUCGGCACUCUUAUUCUUGGACCCGGUAUGGAUGAAGUCAUGUGCGCCGAAGAGCUGGAACAUCAAUUCCUUUUCUUCUCCUCUAAGCGUGGUAUUAAUCAACAACAACCUCAACAACCACUGCACAACUCCCAACGUGGUCGUCUGUUGCCGUCAUGGAGGAAGGCGUAUCAGCAUUAUCGCCACCUCCAUCAUCAACAUCAGCACCAGUAUUAUCAACUUCAACAGCAGAUCUGCCAUUCAUCGCAUCACAAUCACCACACAGGCUUGGGACGAGGCGGAGGGGGUCUCACACGUUUUCCGGUGCUCAUUCAACCCCCUCCACCACCAUCCUCCACCCCAGCAUCUUCAUCAUCGUUGCCGCCGCAAUCAUCGCCCCCAACUGCCUCCUCGCAUUGGGGUGAGCCGACGGAGGACAACAUUGUUUGA